AGGUAAAUAGAUAAUCCACGAAUUGAUGGAUAUCUACAAAUAAUCUGCAAAUUAUUCGCAAACUCAUAUUCUUCAAUUACCUGUUUCGUAAAUGGGUUAUCUGUGGGUUACCCUUCGAGGGAAAUAAUCCGCCCUGCAGAGACCCAUUGCGCAGCCUACCUGAGCCAGAGACAUUUAGAAGCAAACUCUCGAAUCUUGGCUUCACUGAGACCGCCACUUCAAGACACAUCUGUCGGCCGUCAAAGAGCCAACCCCCAAAUUCGGCGACCAACCAACUAGCGGAGGAAGAACCGAAUCAAAAAAUUAAGCAUCAGGAAAAUGGAGGGUUAUAUGGAUAGAGAGAGAUUUCUAGCCUCCCGAAAGCAUUAUGAAGAAUUAUGGAGACAAAAAUGGAAUAAAGAACGUAUUGCAGCGGUUCAAGAACUCGAAAGCUGGAAGAAAGAAGAGAAAAAAGAAGGUGACCGAGGCUAUGUUGACAAAUAUGAGCACGAGCACAAUUUGAAGCACGUUGGUACAUGGGCUCACGGUGAGGGUGAGCCCAGGAAAGUCAUCGCAAACUCGGGAGCUGUAUACGAUGCUGGCGAGAGAAUCAGACAAGCAGGGAAGAGAGCGAGAGAUGCAAGACUUGAAGAGGCGUGGAGAGUUGAGCUAGAAGCCUGGGAAGAAAUAUUGAUCAUUUAUGAUUUGGAUGAUCCUGGAAGAGCCCCGGAUGACGUGCUGACCAAACGGAGUCGCCAAAACUUAGACCAGCACAAGAAAUCCUGUGUGCCGAAAAUGAAAACUCCUGCGAGACCCAGACGGGCACGAUGCGACCACUGCAUUGAAGAUCUCAAAGAGGGAAUUUCCAUUGAAUAGAUCCUCGAAUCAGAAUCUAGGGAUUUGGAACAUUAUGCUAUUCGAAUUGCAGCUCCCAUGAGGGGAUAGAUAUUUGGAAGUUAAACGCGUUGACAUUCAAUCUGGGACUGAGAAUGAUUGCUGAGAUUCCGUGAUAUGAAAGUGAUGAUAUUAUGAAGAAACCAUAAAUUCU